AGGCUUUCGUAACAGCAGGAGCUCAAACUCAGACUCUGUUAAGGGAAGCUGCAAAUCAGCACUCGGGACAUGGAGCGCCGAAACACCAACUACCUGAUCCAUGAGGGACUUGAUGAGGAUGAAGAAAAAUGGAAUGCUGCCGAGGCACCGAUGGUCAUGCCGGGAGGAGAGGGAAGGCAUGAGGAAGAGAGUGGACAGGGCCAGCCUGGGCAGGGAGCGGCAGCAGCAGAAGGGGACGCAGCAGGAGAAUCAAGUGGAGACGGUCCCUCCGCUGCUGCUGCUGAAGGCCUCGUGGAUGACGGGGACCAGGAGGACCAUGGCACCAGCGGCGGUGACCAGAAUGAGCUGCAGCCUCAGGAGCCAUUUUGCGAGGACAUGCGGCUUGCGGAAAAUGUGCAGCCUGUGUCCGUGCUGGUGCGUCAGCGUUGCUUCCACUACAAGUUCAGCCAGUGGCAGUUGCAGGAGCUGGAGCGCUUUUUCCAGCAUAAUCACUACAUCAGUGCAGAAGUAAGAAAACAGCUGGCAAGAUGGAUAGGUGUGACUGAAGCCAGAAUUCAGAAUUGGUUUAAGGGGAGACGAGAACAAUACAGGAGAGAUCAGAAGCUAUAAGUGUUCAGAGGUGCUUCUUUCCC